AAAUAAAACCCACUAAACUGAUAUUAUUUGAUUUUUACUGUAAAGCCCAGAGACAGAGACAAACCAUCGUCCGAGGCCUGAGGUCUUUUGCUGUGUCCACCUGCAUCCGCUUCACCCCCCUCAACAGACAGAGUGACUUUGUCGACAUCCAGUCCCGAUCAGGGUGUUUCUCCUUCGUCGGCCGUCGUGGUAGAAGCCAGGUAGUGUCUUUGAGUCGUCAGGGGUGUGUUUUCCAGCAGAUCAUCCAACAUGAGCUGCUCCACGCCCUUGGCUUCGACCAUGAGCAGACCCGGUCCGACAGAGACCAGCAUGUCCGCAUCCUUCUGCAGAACGUCAUGCCCGGAACGGAGUCCAAUUUCAGGAGGAUCAGAACAAGGAACCUUGGCACUCCCUAUGACUACAACUCUGUUAUGCACUAUGACAGGUUUGCCUUCUCCAGGAACCGACAGCCGACCAUCAUCCCUAUUCCCGACAGCAACGUAGCCAUUGGGAGAGCCACCCAGAUGAGUCCGACCGACAUCCUCCGGGUCAACCGCCUCUACGGAUGCAGUACGUACAUUUUUAUCAAAGUAGCUUACUGACUAAAUGACUUUCUA